CUAUUUGACACAAACUCUCUUUUUUUUAUAUAUUUGUUUAUAUAACCGUUUUCUUUUCUUUUCCUUUUUUUUUUCUCUGCAACUUUUUUUCCUUCACCUUCCCAUCGUCCGGUUCCUUCUGCUGUUUCUUCUUCUUCUUCUUUCACCAUGAAGGAAGAAUAUCCUGCCAGCUAUAAUGAUGAAAAAAUCGAAUAUGAAGUGCGAUCAACGCCUGAAGACGUCGUCGACCACCAAGAACAAGUCGUGAUCAAAGACGAUCAACCUUUCGGUGUCAAUUUCAUUGAAGAAAGUCAAUUUACAUGGCGAUCUUCCAUUGUUGGAGCCUUGCUUGGCUGUGUUGUUGCUGCAUCCAACACCUACCUCGGCUUGAAAAUUGGUUGGACAUUCGGUGCAUCAUUGUUUGGUGCCAUUUUCUCUUUCGCCAUCCUCAAACCAAUGUCAAGAAUCCUCCCUCCUCGAUGGGGCGGAGGCUACUUUGGUCCCAAGGAAAAUUGUACGGCUCAGUCGGCCGCUACCACAGCCGGUGGUCUUUCCGCUGGUUUUGUGGCCGGUAUUCCUGCCAUGUACAAAUUGGGUUUAAUGACCACGCCUCGUGAAGACGCUGCCGCUUUGGUCCUUUUCACCAUCGCCGCCGCAUUCUACGGUCUGUUCUUCGCCGUUCCCCUUCGUAACCAUUUCGUUGUCAAGCAGGACUUGACUUUCCCUACCCCUCGUGCCGCCGCCACCACCAUUAUCUCUCUCCACAAUUCCGUCGAAGGUGAACAGGAAGCCAUGAAGAAAGCCAAAUGGAUGGCUCUCUGGUUCGCCAUCUCAUUCAUUUGGACCCUGAUUGCCUAUUUUGUUCCUUUCUUUGAUACCCUUCACAUUCUCUGGUAUAUCGGUAACGCCGCAGGCUAUACUCCCUUGAUCAGUGCUGAUGCCACAUGGGGAUGGAACUUCAAAUUCGAUUUCCCAUUCUGGGGUGCUGGUCUCAUGACUCCCGGUUCGACAUGUGUGACAUUCUUCCUUGCCACCCUUCUUUUGUACGGAGUGAUCGGUCCUGUCAUGGUUGUCCAAGGUCAUUUCGUCAAAGCGUAUGGUUUCACAGAUGAAGGUGAUACUGCACAAUCCUUCUAUUUGUGGCCCGGUAUUGCUCUGAUGGUCAUUUCCUCGUUUGCGGAAAUGUUGGUUCGUUACGACACCUUGUGGCGUGGUAUCAAGGGCGGUAUUCUCGGACUUCGUGAUGCUUCUGUCAAUUGCUACUACAAGGUCAGAUCUCUGAUGGGUCAUCAGAAUGGUGACAGAAAGCACACCGAGAUGGAGCGUGAUCCCGAUGAAAUCUUCAGCGACAGCGAAUUGGUGCCUGCUUGGUGGUGGAUUCUCGGUACCUUCAUUUCCAUUAUCUUCACUUGCGCUAUUUGCGGUGAAUACUUUGGUAUGCCCGUGUACCAGUCCAUUGUAGCAGUUAUUCUUGGUUUUAUCUUUGCCUUUGUCGGUAUUCAAGCAGCUGGUGAGACGGAUAUCAAUCCUACCGGUAGUAUUGGUAAAAUGUCCCAGCUUGUGUUUGCCAAGAUGCCGGCCGAUUCGCUCCAACAGGUGCAAAAGAACAACUUGAUGGCCGGUAACAUUUCUGCUUCGGCCGCUUCUCAGGCUGUCGACAUGGUCGGUGAUUUGAAGACGGGUCAAUUGGUCGGUGCUUCGCCUCGUUCCCAGUUCUGGGCUCAAUUUAUCGCUUCCUUCUUCGCUAUUGGUAUCGCCGUCGGUCUGUUUAUUCUUUUCGCUGAUGCUUAUCCUUGUAUUACGUCCAUUCCUGUUCCGGGUGUCGAGGAAAAGUGUGAAUUCGGUCUUAUUGCCGUGACUGCUUGGCUCAAGGUGACUCAGCUCUUGACCGGUGGUGGUGAUCCUUUGUCGCGUGCUUGUAUCAUUGUCACUGCAGUGUGUGCUGUGGUGGCGGUGAUUGGUCCUUUCUUCCGUCACUUCCUGUUGCCUCAAAAGUAUCAUCGUUUCUUCCCUUCCAUGAGCGCUAUCGGUAUUGCCAUGAUCAACAGCAGCCCCGAAGUGCCUUUGUCCAUGCUCCUGGGUUGGAUCUUUGGCAAGAUCUGGAAACGAUUCGCACGCAACAGCUACGACAAUCUCAUGUACAGUGCUGCUGGUGGUAUGAUUGCUGGUCAAGGUAUCUCGGCUAUCUUGCAAGCUGCUUUGAAGAUUGGCAACGUCGAGGGCAAUGUGAUUGUCGCUUCUUGCAUUGACAAGUUGGUCGACAAUUGCCCUUAAAAACCUCCUUUUUUUUUUCUCUAUUUUUUAUUAUCCCUCUGCGCUUUUUUGUGUAUAUAUGCGUUCACCAUCACCGCUUACUACCCUUUGUCCCUUUCUAUAAACCUUUUUUAUUUCUCUUUUUUCUUUUAUCCCUAUUAACAAUUUACCAUACAGUAGACGUUAUGAAGUCUGCGCCACAUAGUUUUUCUAUCUUUUUAUAAUGCAUUCAAUUGCUCCCAUUAAAAAAUAAUAGAUUUGAAAUCGGUU